CUUAAGUCCUGCCACUCCUGCACCAUCAUUUUUUCAUUAUCCACUCGGAGCCCCCAGCAAUGGUAGUGACUGGGGACAGGUCGGAGAUCGUGUUCUUCGACUUGGAGACAAUUGUACCGACCCGACCCGGACAGGGCCACGCUAUCGUGGAGUUCGGGUCCAUACUAGUUUGCCCCAGGAAGCUCGUUGAGCUGGAGAGUUACUCUACUCUGGUCCGACCCGCUGAUCCUUCUCUCACUUCCAAACUCUCAGUUCGCAGCAAUGGAAUCUGCAAAGGCGACAUCGAUUCUGCGCCUACCUUCGCCGAUAUUGCUGACAAGGUCUACGACAUUCUCGAUGGAAAAAUUGGAGCUGCAAAGUAGUAACUAGAGAAUGCCCUUAAUUUACUGCGGCUGAAUUUACAGGAGUUUGGUCAGAAUGUCCCGAUGCAGCCCUUAUGAUUUUGAAUGCCCCCGGUGGUUUUAGAAAAAUAUAGGGACGUGAUUUUUCUUACAAGAAAAACCAGCGUCACCCAAGAGUGAUUUUUUGGUGUGUUUUGGAUGUUUGCAUUUUCGGACCUUUUGAAUAAUUGAUCAACUAUUUGAUUGGAAGAUUUGUGCUAGAAUGCUUGAUAGCGAAAGCUAUGCUGGGAGUGCUGGGUUCCCUGGAGAAGCUGUUCUCACCCAUGAAGCUAUAGCCCUUGGGCAUGUGUUUUUUUGUAAUUGUAGGUCACUUUACAGAUAAAUAAACACGGGGUUUCUGAUUUUUUUGCAAGAGGGUAACGAAUUGGAUCAUUGGGAUCUUGUAGGGUAAUCUGACAUGCUGAGGGAGAAUAUGGGCAGGCCACAACAUAAUAAGGUUUGACUGUCCACGGAUUUGUGAGGCUUUUGCCAGGAUAGAUAGGCCUGCUCCAGAACCUAAGGGAACAAUAGACUCACUUUCCCUGUUGACUCAAAGGUUUGGAAGAAGAGCCGGGGACAUGAAGAUGGCAUCACUUGCUACUUAUUUUGGUCUUGGACGACAAACACAUAGGUGAAGAGCCUUGUUCAUAACAUUAAGAUGCAUGUCAGCAUUAUUCAUUAAAUAACUCAACAAUUUUAUGUAUCAUCACCGUCUAAGAUCGAGUCAGGGGAUUCUUUUAGGGGUAGAAUUCGAUCCUAGGUGAGGAGGGAGAUAUGUUGAUGCUCCAAACAGUUCGAUAAUUGGUUCGGUAACACCCCUAGACUAGGUGUUUGGGUCCAUUACAUUUACCUCACGUGUGUAGCUUGUUUAUCUUCGUUUGUCUUUAUUUCCUUUUAGUUUAUGGAGUUGGGAUUAAGAUGUCUAGCAGUCUAUGAUUGAUUUUUAGAAAUCUAGAUUCAACAGAACUUUACUAGUAUGCAUGCUUUACUUAUACGUGAUAGACAAGGCAAUAUGAGACUUAAAAACAAUCAGGACCAUCAAUUCAUACUUCGUUAUCGUGGUAUAAACUAACAGGGUCCAUUAUUUGAGAUUUCCUCAGUCCUCGCUGUUAGAUGGAAGCAUAAUUAGUCCAAAUUUCCUUGUUUAUACUUCUAUUGUUUCUAAUUUGGUUUAUAUAGAGUGUAGAGUCCUCUUUGCUAGUCAAGAUUUGUUAAGACUACUCUUAAAAAAGAUUUGUUAAGAGCACACGACAUUGAGGAUAAAAAUUACACUUCCAAUUAUAUGUUCAAUAAAAUGAAAUGAGUUUU